AUGAAGCCGUGGGUCUGCAGCCAGGAAUCUCGAGCCGCGGUGAUGAAGAUUGCAGUGAUCGGCCAGAGCCUGUUUGGGCAGGAAGUAUACAAGGAGCUGAGGAGAGAAGGCCACACCAUCGUGGGGGUCUUCACUAUUCCUGAUAAUGAUGGCAAAGCGGACCCCCUGGCGGUGGAGGCAGAGAAGGAUGGUGUGCCUGUGUUCAAGUUCCCUCGCUGGAGAGUGAAGGGCCAGGCCAUCGCGGAGGUGGUGAGCCAGUACACUGCCACCGGCGCCGAGCUCAACGUUCUGCCCUUCUGCUCCCAGUUCAUCCCCAUGGAAGUCAUCAACCAUCCCACACACGGAUCCAUCAUCUACCACCCCUCUCUGCUGCCUCGACACCGGGGAGCCUCCGCCAUCAACUGGACUUUGAUCCACGGUGAUAAGAAAGGGGGCUUCACGGUGUUCUGGGCAGACGACGGCCUGGACACCGGGCCUAUCCUGCUGCAGAGGGAGUGUGACGUGGAGCCGGACGACACGGUCAACUCCAUUUACAAGAGGUUUCUGUUCCCAGAGGGCGUCAAGGGCACGGUGGAGGCCGUGAGACUGAUUACUGAAGGGAAAGCUCCGAGGAUCACCCAGCCACAAGAGGGGGCGACUUAUGAGUGCAUCCAGAAGAAGGCCAACUCUAAGAUUGACUGGAACCAGACAGCAGAAGCCCUCCACAACUGGAUCAGAGGGAACGACAAAGUCCCUGGGGCCUGGGCAGAAGUGGACGGAAAGAAUGUGACUUUCUAUGGCUCCACUCUGGUUGGAAAUGGGGCCGCGGCUAAAGGCCAGACACUGGAGAUUCCUGGGGCGACUCAGCCUGGAGUAGUGACCAAAGCAGGACUCAUGCUGUUUGGUAAUGACGGAAAAGCACUCCUGGUGAAGAACCUGCAGUUCGAGGACGGGAAGAUGAUCCCGGCCUCACAGUAUUUCAGUGCAGGGAAGACCUCUGCUGUGGAGCUGUCGGAGGAAGAGAAGGCUCUGGCUGAACAGAUGAGAGUCGUGUGGCAGAGCAUCCUCAGCAACGUGAGCCAAGUGCAGGACUCCACCGACUUCUUUAAGUCAGGAGCGGCUUCCAUGGACGUGGUCAGACUGGUGGAGGAGGUGAAGCUUCUGUCCAGUAACUGUCAGCUGCAGAAUGAGGACAUCUACAUGAACGCCACCUUCCAGGAGUUUAUCCAGAUGUGUGUGAGGAAGAUCCGAGGUGAGGAUGACGAGGAGGAGCUGGUGGUGGAUUAUGUGGAGAUGGACGUCAACAAAAUGACAGUGAAGAUGCCUCAUCAGCUGUUUAUAGAUGGAGAGUUUGUGGACGCAUCAGGAGGAAAAACAUACAAGAGCAUUAAUCCAACCACCGGCACGACCCUGUGUGACGUGGCCUUGGCUCAGAUCAGUGAUGUGGACAGAGCUGUAGCUGCUGCUAAAGAAGCUUUUGAGAGCGGAGAGUGGGGCAAGAUGAACCCCCGAGACAGAGGCCGCCUCAUCUACAAACUGGCAGAUCUGAUGGAGCAGCACCAGGAGGAGCUGGCCACCAUUGAGUCUUUAGACUCUGGUGCUGUCUACACUCUGGCCCUGAAGACUCACAUCGGCAUGUCUAUUCAGACGUUCCGCUACUUCGCUGGUUGGUGCGACAAAAUUGAGGGUAGUACCAUUCCCAUCAACCAGGCCAGGCCCAACCGCAACAUCUCAUUCACCAGAAAAGAACCCAUUGGUGUUUGUGCCAUAGUGAUCCCCUGGAACUACCCUCUGAUGAUGCUGGCCUGGAAGACCGCCGCCUGCUUAGCUGCUGGCAACACGGUGGUCCUCAAGCCGGCUCAGGUGACUCCUCUGACUGCACUCAAAUUUGCAGAGCUGGCGGCCAGAGCAGGGUUUCCAAAGGGCGUCAUAAACAUCCUCCCAGGAUCAGGUGCUCUGGUUGGACAGCGAAUGUCUGACCACCCUGACAUUCGGAAACUCGGCUUCACCGGCUCCACAGAAAUCGGAAAACACAUCAUGAAGAGCUGUGCUGUGAGUAAUGUGAAGAAGGUUUCCCUGGAGCUCGGAGGGAAGUCUCCUCUCAUUAUAUUCGCUGACUGUGACAUGGACAAAGCCGUCCGCAUGGGGAUGAGCUCUGUCUUCUUCAAUAAAGGAGAGAACUGUAUUGCGGCAGGACGGCUCUUUGUGGAAGACGCCAUCCACGACCAGUUUGUCAAGAAAGUGAUGGAGGAGGUGAGAAAGAUGAAGAUCGGCGACCCCCUGGACAGAGCCACUGACCACGGGCCUCAGAACCACAAAGCUCACCUGGACAAACUGGUGGAGUUCUGCCAGAGCGGAGUGAAGGAGGGGGCCCGGCUGCUGUGCGGAGGGAAGCAGCUGGAGCGUCCCGGGUUCUUCUUCGAGCCCACGGUCUUCACAGACGUUCAGGACCAAAUGUUCAUCGCUAAAGAGGAGUCGUUUGGACCAAUCAUGAUCAUUUCCAAAUUCAACACAGGAGAGGUGGAUGAGGUGCUGCAGAGGGCUAACAACACAGAGUACGGUCUGGCGUCUGGAGUCUUCACCAAAGACAUCAGUAAAGCUCUGUACGUGAGCGAGCGUCUGAACGCCGGCACCGUGUUCGUCAACACGUACAACAAGACUGACGUGGCUGCUCCGUUUGGUGGAUUCAAACAGUCUGGAUUUGGCAAAGACCUCGGAAAAGAAGCACUGAAUGAAUAUUUGAAGACCAAGACAGUAACUAUUGAGUACUGA